CCCUCACUAAGCUCCAGUUUCAUCAUCAGUCAAAUGGAGACGACAAUACUUUCUAUCUCUGGCCACAAGGGACCAUGGUGGCUUUAUUCUGCCAAUGUCUGGAAUUCUACUGAGAAAUGGGACAGCACAAAGUAAAAGUCCCGAAUCCCGCUGAGAAAGAGAGGAGAAACAAAGGGCAGGGAAGAGAAGAGAGUAGAAGGAGAACCUGAAGUAAUGAGAUGUCAUAAGAGAUACAAGAAGAGUUGGCCGCAAAGGCGAAAGAAGACAGAGAGCCCAGAUAUCGGUGCUAACGUCGGCGCUCUCUACCCUUUACUGAUUUACCGCCAGCCAGGCCUGUGCCUCGCACUUUACCUGCACUGAUUCAUUCAGUCCUCCCACCAGGGCAGAGGCAGAAACUACUCUUUCCAUUCAGGUGACGGAACCGAAGCUCAGCGUGGUGAUGCCCCGUGCCCGGAGCACACAGCCCGACGCCGGGGCACCCCGUUCUUCAGCGCUCGCUACCUACUUCACCUCUCAGGGGAACAGCAGGACUGCGGGGCGGUCGACACUCAGCCACGAAAGGAGCACUUACUGGGCACUACUGCGCAUGGCAAAGACUCUCGGAAUUGCAACUCCCAGAAAACCUGUCUUAUCUGUCAGUGCAAGAAGAAUUAAGGACAAUGCAGCCGAUUGGCAUAAUUUAAUCCUGAAAUGGGAAACGCUCAAUGAUGCGGGUUUUGCUACUGCAAACAGUAUUGCCAACCUGAAAAUCAGUUUAUUGACUAAAGACAAGGUGGAAUUAGAGAACAGCAGCCCAGCUUCUGAUGGAAAUGAAGAAAAGAAGUAUCCAGAAUAUAACCAGGACCUCGAGGCGCUGUGUGAGGCCCUGCAGGCCACCUUGGAUGGUUUGACCAAAAUACAGAUGAAGAUGGAAAAGCUGUCCUCAACAACCAAAGGGAUCUGUGACCUAGAAAAGUACCACUAUGGAGAGGACAGUGCACGGCCCACCCUGUUCCACACCUGGCCCACGGCCCACUUCUAUGAUGUUUCCCGCAGGCUCUCCGACAUGUACCGGAAGGAGCUCCUCCUGAAGCGCGCCGUGGUGGAGGGGCUGGCCCACGCCGCAGACCGCGAUCUCACCCUGAGCUACCUGUCCAUGUGGCUGCACCAGCCAUACGUGGAGAGCAGCAGCAAGCUGCAGCUGGAGGGCAUGCUGCUAGAAACGGGGCACCGGCCACUGUGACUUCCCAGAACCCUCCGCUUCUGGGCUCAGCCGCAGACCACUCCUUCCACGUCUCCCAAAGCGGACAGCCUCGAAUUCCCCUCUCCCAUGUAGGCCGCAGGGCCACACCCCGGCCUAAGAUGCCUGGCUCUGGUGUGGCCACCCGCCAACCUUCGGACUUCCAGGCUGGACCAUUUCCACAGCUCCCCGUGGCCUCUCCUUUCCCAGGCACUAGGCACAUCUGUGCUGCUGCAAGCCGCCCACCAUUUGGUGCUGCCCACCGCUCAGCACCCCCACCCCUCGGCGUCACCCACCACUCAGCAACACCUGCACUUACUCUGAGUGCUCUCGGGCAAAAUAAGGGAGUUCCUGAACAGAAUGGGUCAUCUGGUUUUUGUAAAUAAAGUGUAUUUUAUGCAUUAUGUUUGCACACAAAAGUCCUGCUUUAAUAUUUUUGCUUUAUAUGUGUCUAUAUUGCUUGAAUUUUUAUGAAAAUAUAUUAGUUUUGUAAUUACAACUAAUUCUUAAGGUACUGUGGAGUUGAGUAAAGAUGUGACAGGCCAAGUAAAGCAUCUUCUGUGCUUAUUCUGGCAUAAAUCUCAGAGUCUGGCAGAUUUGUGCAAGCACUUCCACGGAAAAUGUAUCCUGUGAGAAUAAGAGAAAAGUCAACAGCUUUGAAACAGACGGAAGAAGCUGGCCAAAAAUUAGGGUGUGGAGAAAAUACUGAGCUACCCAAACUCCUGCUUUAAACUGUGUUCUUUUCUGUUGCAUUGCUUGUUACAUGGCUUCUUCAUCUGUGUUUGCCUUUUUCUUAAAUUCUCGGAUCCCCAACUGUUUAUUUCUGUGGGACUGUGUACAUAGUGAUGUUCAAUAAAUAAUAGUUUUUAA